AGCAUUUGCCGGGCAAAACAUUUCCAGCACGCAUGGAAACAAGUUCGGAAUCACAACGGGAGGCAGUUAGACAGUCGGAGGCUGACCGAGAGUUACAGCACAUGGACGUACAGAUAUAUAGGAUUCGGGAUUAGACGCAAUCGAAUAUGGCCAGCGACACUGCCGAUUCUAAAGCCCAUAUGGAGGUGGAUCUUUCCACUAGCGAAAGCGAGCCAACCAGCAGCGGCGAUACGGAUAGCGAAGCGAACAGCACAUCCCAUCCAGAUGCGAGCUCCAAAGUGGCCGCCCCUGACACCAGUCCCCAGACGAGCAUGUACAGUCUGCUGGCCGGAGAAUCGGACAAUGAAUUGGAGGAGCAGGAGCAGGAGCAGGAGCAGGAAGACUUCUGCGAAGAGACUAUCUCCCUGCUGGCCCACGAGAUCCUCUGCUGCGAGGGCGACAGUGACUCGGAGGUGGAGACCGACGGCGAGGACAUCGACGAGGCCAGGAACAACGAUAGGUUGGCAGAAAUCCUACAGUUCGGGCUGCACAAUCCAUACCGACCCAUGUUGAGCGACGAGGAUGAGGACGAGGAGGAGGAAGGCUGUUAUCCGAUCGUCAGCGAGACAAUCUUCCUGCUGGAUGAGGAUCAACAGAGCGAGGAAAAGUCCGAUUCUUCUAAAAGGAGCUUUUAAAGUAGGGCUGGGCUUGGUUAAAUUAGCAUUUUUUUUUUUUGUUUUCACAGAUAUGAAUAGCUCAUGGAAAAACAGCAAAUUCAAUUGUCAGGAUAAGGCCUAAACCGUUUAUCAACAUAUCAACAUUUAUGUAUUCCCGCAAAUUAACAUAUUGUACAUUGUUUUAUGCAUUAGGUGCACAAAUGGCCCAGAGCGGCAAAAGUGCGACUCCCUCAGGACCACAGACAAUCUAGCCUUUUUGUGUAAAUCAACAGCAUAAAGCAUCCGUAGAAACAGAAAACGAGUGGAACGAGCUGCUGAACCCACCCACAACUAUGCUUAGACUUUACAAAUUUGUCAAAUUGUUUUUAAUAGAGUAAAUUGAUUGAUA